AUGAAAAAAGCGAUUGUGGAUGGAUUUGGCGCUGAAAAAUAUUUGGCAUGUUUUGCUCAUACGUUAAAUUUAGUACCGGGAAAUAUUAUUAAGGAUGACGCUAUUGUGAAAGAUCUAUGCAAGAAGAUCAAAACAAUCGUAACAUAUUUCAAACAUUCAGUGCCCGCUGCAGAUGAAUUACGGAUGAAAUCAACCCUUAAAUUGAUCCAGAACGUAGAUACGCGAUGGAAUUCAACGAAGAACAUGCUUGAUCAAUUUAUCAAAUUGGCUGAUCUAAUCAGUCCAAUUUUAUUACAAUCACCAUUAGCACCACCAAUGCUAAAUGCUUCGGAAUUGCAGACGACAAAAGAAUUCGCGGAAUUAUUAAAACCAUUUGAAGAUGCGACACAUAUUAUAUGUGGCGAAAUGUACCUGGCCGCAAGUAAAGCUAUACCUAUUGUACACACCAUUAAAAACAAAUUGACAUCGUCAAACUCGGAUACAAAAAUAGGUAUCCAUUUCAAACAAGAAUUAAUGAAACAGUUAUUGAAACGAUUUGAGCAUAUGGAAAAGGUUACGUCUUUAGCCAUAGCCACUAUUUGCGAUCCACGAUUCAAAAAUAUUGACUUCUCUGAUAAAGUUGCGUGUUCUCAGGCUGUAAACAAAAUCACAAGAAUGAUUAAUGCGACUAGACAACAAUCAAAUGAGCAAACGUGUGUGCUGAAUUGUCCACUGCCAAACGAGACGACUUUUGGGCGUUUCAUGAAAAUCUUGCGGCUGACGAUCAAUCAAAACGGAUUGCCAAUCGUGACAAUGAUGCGAUGCCCGAUGACCUCAAAUGUUACCUGA